CGAGCGGGCGCGUCCGACUUCGACUUCUUUUUUUUCUCUCUUCUGUCCCAUAUUCCAUCCCACAACCGACAAAAAUGGCUCCCAAGAAGACCACCCCUGCCGCCAAGGAGAACGUCACUCUCGGCCCUCUGGCCGGUGAUGGCAAGCUCGUCUUCGGCGUUGCCCGCAUCUUCGCCUCUUUCAACGAUACCUUCGUUCACGUCACCGAUCUUUCCGGCCGUGAAACCAUCUGCCGUGUGACCGGUGGUAUGAAGGUCAAGGCCGACCGUGACGAGUCCUCCCCCUACGCCGCCAUGUUGGCCGCCCAGGACGUCGCCGCCCGCUGCAAGGAGCUCGGCAUCAACGCCCUCCACAUCAAGAUCCGCGCCACCGGUGGUAACGGCACCAAGACCCCCGGCCCCGGUGCCCAGUCCGCCCUCCGCGCCCUGGCCCGUUCCGGCAUGCGCAUCGGCCGCAUCGAGGACGUCACCCCCACCCCCUCCGACUCUACUCGUCGCAAGGGUGGUCGCCGUGGUCGUCGUCUGUAAGCGUGUGCGAGUCACGGGUCUUCUCUCCAACUGGUGCAAAGGGGUUUUUUCCUUUUUGCACGCGUCUGGGGGGCCUUGCUCGGCGCUGCUUGCUCGGCUGUGAAUUGGAUGGAAUAAACGCGAAGAACGGCUUUUUUUUUCCCGCCUGGUCUUCAAUUUAUUACAUACCCAAAAGUGUGUUUAGCGGUUCUGGGAUUCGCCUUUUAGCUACUAGUCUGGUGUCGUCUCGACGGCUCCUCUGGUCAAUAUAAAGUGGAACUUGG